AUGGUGCAUAUGAAUGUUCUUGCUGAUGCUCUUGCAAGCAUCAACAAUGCAGAGAAAUGUGGAAAACGACAGGUUCUCAUCCAACCAUGCUUCAAAGUGAUUGUGAGAUGCCUGACUAUAAUGAUGGAGCAUGGCUACAUUGGAGGGUUUGAGAUUAUUGAUGACCACAGGGGUGGGAAAAUAGUUGUCAAUCUCACAGGCAGCUUGAACAAGUGCGGUGUCAUUAGCCCCAGAUUCGAUGUUGAAGUAAAGGAGCUAGAAAGGUGGCAAAAUGGUCUCCCGGCAUCCCAUCAGUUUGGGUACCUGGUUCUAAUGACCUCAGCUUGCGUCAUGGACCAUGAAGAGGCCAAGCGAAAACAUACGGGAGGAAAAAUCCUAGGAUUCUUUUUCUACAACUUAAUACCAUUUCUUCAACAUACUGUGAGAAUUGAUGUUUCAAUUCACUGCAUGAGGCAAGCAGUUGAUUUCAGGAAGUCUUUGAAGACUGUGGUUCAGAAGUUUGACUAUGGCGAAUUAAGAGCCUAA